UGACUUGCAAGUCGCAUCCAAAGUCAAGACUAUAUGCUUUGCUUUCAUCUCCAUUAUUUUCAAGCUUCCGCUCUUUGUUUCCCAAGGAAGAAGGAAGCAUCAAACAGCUAGCAAUCAUGAUUGGGUUCGCGCUGACAGCCUUGGGAUGGCUCGCGGAGAGCUUCAUGGUUGCCUUGGCCGGAAAGGCCGUCGAUCGCGCUGUUCAACAGUUUGGUGAGCAGCAUGGAGUUGAAGAUGACCUCAAGAAGCUGAAGGAUUCUCUCGCCAACGCCAUGUUGCAAAUCAGCACCAUCGAGAACUUGUGGCUAAAAGAUGAGGUCCUGCAGCAGAGAUUGAAGGAGUUGCUGAUAGACCUCAAGGAUGCUGCCUACGAUGCUGAUGACUUAUUUGAUGAAUUCCAAUACAGAAUUCUGAAACAGCAGAUCGAGCAACAAGGAGAUGAGGCUGGUAACCGAGCAUCAUCUUCCUCCUACUCCACUCCCCCUCCAGGCAAAAAGAUAAAAACUUCAUUAUCUAGUUACGCCAGUGGCCUUUUCGGAAAAGGGGAUGAUGAUGAUAAUAAUAAUAAUGAUGUGCAGAGAAUGAGGGAAAUAAAGGGUAGGCUAGAUGACAACUCAGUUGCUCUUGAGAAAAUUUACAGUUCGCUAGGCACAGAAGAUGAUAGAGGAAAGAAACAAUUGGUGUCCUCGGAGAGCCGGCAAACGAGCUCCUUUUCGAUCGAACCUCAAUUGUUUGGCAGAGAUAAAGAGCUGCAACAACUCAAGGAUUUGCUGUUGAAAUCAGAAGUUGCAUCUAAAUUUGGCCAAAGUGGAGUCUCUGUUUUGUCUAUUGACGGUAUUGGAGGGAUUGGGAAAACCACUCUGGCUCAGGAGGUCUUCAAUGACAGUAGCGUGGAAGAAUACUUUAAGCUCAGAAUUUGGGUCUGUGUUUCUGAAAAUUUCAGCACAGAGAGAUUGACCAGAGAGAUUACAGAGUAUACAACCAAGGAGAAGUGUAAUGUCCCGAACUUUGCUGCUCUUCAAGUGGUUCUCAAGGAGAAGAUCACUCAAGAGAGAUUUCUUCUGGUAUUGGACGAUGUGUGGAACGAGGAAAGGCACAAAUGGGAGAGCCUUUGUGCACCAUUGAGGUUUGGAAAACCUGGUAGCAAGAUAUUAGUAACAACUCGCUCUAGGAGUAUUGCUGGCAUGGUUGGUGAUGUGGAUCCGAUUCAUCUGGAUCGUAUGGAUGAGAAGAGCUUCUGGGAAUUUUUCAAGAAAUGUGCAUUUGGUUUUUCAAAUAGUGGAGUUCAUGAUCCUCAUUUGGAAGCCAUGGCGAAGAAGAUGACUUGCAAGUUAAAGGGUUUGCCGCUUGCAGCAAAGACUCUAGGAGGAUUGUUGAGCAAGAAGUUGGAUGAGCAACACUGGAAAAGCAUUUUAGAUAGUGAAAUAUGGCAACUUCCCCAAGAAGAAAAUGGGAUUAUGCCAGCACUACAACUGAGCUAUCAAUAUCUUCCUCCUCAUCUUAAGCAAUGCUUUGCAUUUUGCUCCUUGUUUCCUAAAGAUUAUAAGUUUUCUGAAUCUGAGUUGAUCGGUAUUUGGAUAGCAGAAGGAUUCAUAGUGCACCAAGGAAGUAUCAGAAUGGAGGAGCUAGGAAGCAACUACUUUCAUGAGUUAGUUAACAGGUCUUUCUUUCAAAAGUCAACAACCAGAUUGAGGAAGCAAGGAAGCCGAAGCAACUACUUUCAUGAGUUAGUUUACAGGCGGUCUUUCUUUCAAAAGUUAGGAACAAAAACUGAUCGUAGGGGUCGGUUUUUCAUUGAAAGUUCAACCGAUGGAAAAUUUGUAAUGCAUGACCUCAUACAUGAUCUUGCAGAACUCAUAUCUAUGAGUGAGUCUUACCGGGUUGAGAAAGGCAAGUCUCAUGCAAUUCCUAGCACUAUUCGUCAUCUUUCAUUGCACAAAGAGGAAAAAGGUACGCAGACAAGAUGUUUAACAGAAUUCUCUCACUACAAUAAAUUACGAACGCUAAAUUUGUCAUUUGGAUACACUCGUGAGAGUUUUAUUUUUGAUUGUGGUGUUUUGGAAAAAUUUAAAAAGAUUCGUGUUCUUGACUUGAGUCAUUGUGCUCUCAGAGAGUUGCCUGAUAAUAUUGGUAUGUUGAUACAUCUCCGCUAUCUUGAUUUAUCUUGGAAUCAAAAAAUUAGAAGGUUGCCCGAGUCAUUAUGCAACUUGUACAAUCUACAAACAUUGAUAUUGCGGGAAUGUAUUAACUUAGAAAGCCUCCCACAUGGCAUGAUGAAGUUGAUCAACUUGAGAAAACUUGAUGCGAUGGAACAUGUAGUAGAUAAGUUUAUUCACAAUAUAACAGAGAUUGGGAAGCUUACUUCUCUUCAGAAUUUGUCUACUUUCAAAGUGCUAAAGGAUAAUGGACACAAACUUGCUGAAUUAAACGGGUUGAAACGGCUCCGGGGAAAACUUUGUAUAACUAAUCUUGAGAAUGUGGAGAACAAAGACGAAGCAAGUAUUGCUAGUUUGAACAGUAAAGAACACCUCAAUAGGUUGGAGCUACAAUGGACAUCUCUGCAAGAAUCCGAUUCAGACGAUAAGUUGCACAUCUCAGAGCAGGUGCUUGAAGGUCUCCAGCCGCAUCACAACCUACAAUGGUUGACAAUCAGAGGAUACAAUGGUGCUAGACCUCCCAAUUGGCUACACGAACAAGUAUAUUCUAGAUUGGAAGCUCUCCAACUUCAAAAUUGUAAAAACUGGAACGAUCUAUUAGUUAUUGGGCAAUUAUCACAGUUAAAGCACCUCUCCCUUGUGAGAAUUCCAGUCCAGAUCCAAAAUUUACACAAUUUGUUCAAUCCAAAACACUGCAAGUUUUUCUCCCAACUAGAAGAAUUGGUACUAGAGGGCAUUACCAUGUUGGAGGAUCUCCCAAAUCUUGGACAACUUCCAUCUCUCAAGUCUCUUGACAUUCGGAGUUUGACGGGAGUAAAGAUGAUAGGCGAUAAAUUCUUUGCUGCAAUAGAAGGAGGUAGUUGUUUUCCUAAAUUACAUACUCUCCGUUUCAAUAACAUGUCUGCAUGGGAAGAGUUCUAUUGUUCCGACGAUAGAAAUCUAUUUCCUUGUUUGGAUCUUUUGAAUAUUUCAAAUUGCCAAAAGCUGCUGAUGUUACCUCGCCUUCCUCCUUCAAUAACAUGCCUGCAAUUAAAUGACGUUGGGCUGGAAGAUUGUCCAAGAUUCUGGAAAGCAAUUGAUGAAGGUAGCAGCAUAACUAAUUCUGCAUCUGUUACAGAGUUGUCCAUUCAGGAAUGUCCAAACUUGAAAAUUCUAGAAGAAGGGUUGCUAGCACACCAUCUACAGCAGAUUUAUAUACAUAAAUGUGAACAAUUGUCGUCGGUGCCAGUCAAAAGGUUGAAAGAACUCACCUCUUUAUGGUCAUUGUCAAUAACAGAGUGCCCGAAGCUCACGAGCAUGACACAAGAUGAGUGCAUUGAUUUCCAACUCCCGCCAUUAAUUACAGAACUAUGUUUGUCUGAUUGUGGAAAUAUUUCCAUAUCACUGCCUGGCUGCCUGCAUAACCUGUCCUCGUUGACUGUCUUGAUUAUAGGCAAAUGUUCAGAUCUAGUUUCUUUACCAAUACAACCAUUGUUUAAUUUGAAUCGUUUAAUAAUCGAGAAUUGCAAUGAGUUGAGAUCAGUAGGAGGACUUCUAAUAAAAUCCCUCAUGGACUUGGAGAUUACAGGAUGUCCCAUGCUUCAACUUUCUCAAAGAGAGGCACAAACAGAGAAAUUGUUAUUGCGGAAGUUAGUGAUUGAUGACACAGCGUUUAUGCAACAAUCUCCCAUAAAAAAUUCACUAUCAUCUGUAGAAAUUCUUAGCAUCUCAUCCUCUUGUGAAGCGGUGAUGUUUGAGGGGGAAGAUCAGGAGUCAUUGCAAAGCUUGACGUCUCUCUAUCAAUUAAGUUUCUCUGAUUGCAAGAAUCUACAAUUCCUGCCAACAAAGUUGUACACCCUUACGUCCCUUCAGGUUUUGCGGAUACUUAAUUGCCCACAAAUUCAGUCUUUGCCAGAGAAGGGGUUACCUCCUGCCCUCAUAAAUCUAGUCUUUCGUGAUUGUCAUCUGGCACUGGAGCAGCAGUUGUUAGUACACUUGGAGGAGAUUAAGAAGUCUGGUCGUUGCCGUGGAAUAACUUACGGGUAGAUACUUAAAGCCAUGGAGACCCACUCUCUUCCAUUUUACCAUUGGAUGAGAAUGUUAAUGUUGAGCUCGUAACAAUAUCCAUGGAGCCUGGAUAUACUCAGCGACAUACAGAACAUGAGCAACUCACAAAAGAGUUCCUGACGCUUUUGGAAGAGGACAAUGGGGGCGGAGGAGGAGGAGGAGGACGAGGUUCGAGGGGCGUGGAGGCUGAAAGGCAAUCAAAGGGUCAACUCUGAUAAUUGAAAGUAUCUCGACAUCCUUAUUCUGUUCUUUUAGCUAGUCGUUUUGUUCAGGACUGCUGAUAAUUGGAAGUAUAGUUCAUCAGUCAAGCAAAUUAAAAUGUAACAACUUGAUAUAUUUUGUCUCAGUUUCAGUUUUUUGUCAUGCCAUGCACAAUGUCAAUUGUCAAACAUUAUGUUUUUAGGUUUUCUUCAGAAAAUAAGGGCACAAUUUUUAAGUCUUUCAUA